AUGAACAUGUGGUGUGGAGGCAGCGCUGUCUCGGCAGAGCUAACAGACUUCUUGCCUCGAUGCGAGAACGGCUGUAUCCUAUUCACCACUCGCAGCCGAAGGCUGGCUGUGAAGCUAGCAUCGUCUUCAGUAGUCAAUAUUUUUGAACCUGAUACCGAGACUGGGGUGAAGAUCUUUGAAAAGACACUAAUCGGACAAGGUCUGCUUGAUGACAAGGAGGUAGCAAUUACUCUGCUGGAACAGCUAGCAUUCCUCCCGUUAGCAAUUACCCAGGCAGCAGCAUAUAUCAACUCCAAUAGCCUUGAGAUUUCCGAUUACAGCGCGCUUUUGCAGGAGCAAGAGCCGGAAGUCAUCGAGUUACUCAGCGAAGACCUUGGAAAUAGAGACGAAGGGCGGUAUAAAGAUGUUCAGAGCCCAGUUGCUACCACCUGGUUAAUCUCCUUUCAACAGAUUCAGCAAUUGAAUCCACUCGCAGCAGAAUAUCUAUGCUUUAUGGCGUGUAUAAACCCACGUGAGAUUCCGCAAGCUUUACUUCCCGAGGCUGCCUCCAGGAAGAAGAGGGCUGACGCAGUUGGGCUUCUUAAGGCCUUCUCCUUUGUUAGUGAACAAAUUAAAGGCCAUACUCUAAGUCUCCAUCGGCUUGUCCACCUAUCUACCCGGAAUUGGAUGAGAAAGCAGCAGCAGUUUAGUCUGCAUGUACGCAAGACAGCCAUCCACUUUCUCCAGGUUUUCCCAAAUGAUGAUUACAAAAACAAAAGUAUUUGGAGAUAUUACCUACCUCAUGCUCUCACACUGUCUGGUGAGGGGGAUUUUCAAAAAGAGCGCGAAAGGUACAUAAAAUUACUUCGAAAUAUGGCAAGAUGUCUACGGGCAGAGGGAAGAUACAACGAAGCCGCUGUGUUAUUUGAGGAUAUUGUGGAGUUGAAAAGGAGACGAAUAAGCGCCUCGCGUCACUCUCUAUCGGAUAGCAUGUCCGAACUAGCAUUUACAUACUGGAAUCAAGGCCAGUGGAGGGACGCAGAAGAGCUGGAAAAACAGACCAUGGAAAUCUGCAAGCAAGCGCUAGGUUUAGAGCAUCCUAAUACUCUAACUAGCAUAGCUAACCUAGCAUGCACAUACAGAUGUCAGGGGCAAUAUAAAAAGGCCGAGGACCUGGAAAAACAGACUAUGGAAAUCUGCAAUGAAGUGCUAGGUCCAAACCACUCUAAUACUCUGGUUACUAUGGUCAACCUAGCAUGCACAUACAGAUACCAGGCACAGUAUAAAGAAGCAAAAGAGCUGGAAGAACAUGUCCUAUGGACCCGCAAGCAAGUACUUGGACCGGACCACCCUGAUACUCUGGCUAUCAUGACCAAUGUGGCUUGCACAUACAGAUGCCAGGGGCAAUACAAGGAAGCAGAAGAGUUGGAAGUCCAGAUUCUGAGGGCCUGCAAGCAAGCACUAGGACCAGACCACCCCGAUACUUUAGGUAAAAUGGUCAACCUGGCAUGCACAUAUAAAUGUCACAGACGAUACAAGGAGGCAGAUAAGCUAGAGUCAGAAGUCCUACAGACCUCCAAGCAAGUUCUAGGCACAGAGCAUCCUGAUACCUUGACGGUCAUGGCCAACCUGGCGAGCACAUAUCAAUACCAAAAGCAAUACACGUCAGCAGAAGAGCUGGGGGCACAGAUCCUACAGGCCCGCAAACGAGUGCUAGGGCCAGAACAUCCCUCCACUCUAAGCAGCAUGGCUAGUCUGGCCUAUACCUGGCAUUUACAAAACAAGACUCACGAUGCCCUGACAUUAAUGAAGGGAUGCGUCACUCUUCGGAGCAGAAUUCUGGGCUCUUCUCACCCUCUUACGCAAUUGUCGUCUCACUCACUCAGAGCUUGGGAAGAAGAAGAAGUCAAAUAA